AUUGAGAAGAUCAUGACGCUGAUUGGGGCCGGCAUUGAGACAUCCAAAACUGAACAGCCUAAAGCAAACUCAGAUGGGGCCUGUGGCAAAGCCCUGGACCAGCCGGUGGGAGAGUGGCUGGAGCACGUGGGGCUGCCGCAGUACGAGAGCAAGUUCCUGCUCAAUGGCUUUGAUGACCUACGAUUCAUGGGAAGUAACGUGAUGGAGGACCAAGAUCUAAGAGACAUGGGGAUCACUGACCCGGGACACAGAAAGAAAAUCCUCCACGCGGCACGCAGCUUGCCCAAGAUAAAACCUUUGGGCUGUGACGGCAGCACAUCUCUCUCCUCUUGGUUGGACGGCCUCGGCCUGCAUGAAUACCUGCCCAACUUUCUUACAAACGGUUACCGAACYCUGGAGUGUGUGAAGAAUCUGUGGGAGCUGGAGAUCGUUAACGUUAUUAAAAUUUGCGCUUUAGGUCACAGGAAGAGGAUCAUUGCCUCUUUAGCAGAGAGACCCUAUGAGGAGGCUCCCUCCAAAUCCCGUCGACUGUCCCCAAUUUUGUUCCACGACCUCCUGUCCCAGACCACAUCGCCCCUCAGUCAGCUGGACCCCUACACCAGUCGCUCCAUGGACAUGCUCCUCCCCCUGACCGAGUCGGACCGGAGGCGGCGGGGACUGGACCAGGACUGCAGCGUUUCUCUGAGGUCUUACAACGAGAGGCCGCGCUCCGUAGACAGACACAGCGAACGACACAAAGAGUCCCGUUUACACCUCCGGCCGCCCAGCCACUCUGCCCAGUACGCCACCGUGUCCGCCUGGCACCACCAGCCCGAGAAACUCAUCCUGGACUCCUGCAGGUACGAGGCAACAAUCCAGACCUAUGAGAUCAUCCUAACAUUGGGGCAGGCAUUCGAGGUGGCUUAUCAAAUGGCGGUCCAGUCCAGAGCGAGACACUACAUGCCCCCGUCAUCCCUGGGCUCGGAGUUCAUAGAAACCAAAGCCAGCCGUCCUGUGUCUCAGUCAUGGAGCAGCAUGAGAAGAUCAGCGCUCGCCCCGGCGUUCAAGUUUCCGGAUACCAAGCUGUGAGUUGGCGGGGAGCGGCCGAUGCGAGUGUGUUUGCGUGUGUCUAGUUAGUACGCAAAAGCAGAAGACAAAAGAAAAAAAAUAAAAUAAAAUAAAAACAGUAAGCUCGAGCGACGUGCUGCUCUGACAUUUCAAUCUGACUCCUGUGUCUCCUCCACGGCUCCGGAGAUGAAUCCACUCUCACCGCCAAAAGGUAACUCGUGGUGCCAGGUCACCGACCRAACAGGACCCGUAUAUCACUCCUGUUUCAAGAAAGGUCAAUCAGAAAAGCCAAGUCUAUUUCCCGGCCUUCAUGUGACUUACUGAUGUUGUCAUGCAGGAACUGUAAGACCUGUAAUAAAACAGUCCAUUAAUGAGCAUUUCUAUUGAUUCAGGUCUACUGAGGAGAGAGGCACAGAAUUGUUAAAGGGUAAUAAAAUGUAGAGGGGUAGAAAAACAAACUGUACCAGCUUUUUCCUUGGUGGACAGAGUGCGGUUUGUCGUUGGGAAAAAAAGAAAAAUGUGAAACUUUCAAAUUUCAAAGCAAUAUUAUAUUAAUGACAUUAAAUAAUACAAAGACCAAACAAAUCCCUCUCAAGUCUGUUGUCAAAAUUGAUUUUCUUUACUUGGCUGAGCAGUCAAAAACAGGCCCGUUGCACCAGCUGUUUGAAAUCAAAAGUGACAUUACAAGAUGGUAAUUAUUAUACGAUUGUGCUUUCGUUGUUUGCCCCCGCUGCAGAGAUUAGUGGGUGGCGCAGCGUCUAAGCUAAACAAACGAUUAGCCCAGUUUGUUCCUUUCCCUCGACUUUAUUACGUUCAAGUUUGCAGAGCUGAGCGCUCGCUGAUCUCUGGAAAACAACACGAGUUUUGCUCUCAUUCUCAAAGAACACCCCCCAAAAAAGAAGAAUCAAAUUAAAGAAAGGGAUUUUCAGCCUGUUUAUGAAGCUCUUCUAAAGUAAAGUACCAGGAAAAGACUUGAGUUAAAGGAGUAAUUUCAUUAUAUUUUUAUCACAAUAUGACUGUUUUUCUUGUGCUGUUCUAAAAACGAUUAAAAUAUGUAUUUUUGAGUACCUAAAAUGAAACAUUUGAGGUGUAAUUUAGGAAACUGGUUAAAAAAAAGCCUUUCAGUUGUAGCAGUUUAUCUAUUUUCUCUAAAACAAA